UUUGUUUAUCUGAGACCGGCUUCCUCACCAAAUCUCUCUCUCUCUCUCUCUUCUUCUCACUCUUUGUGUCUGUCGUCGUCUUCGUCCAUUUGGGCGUGGGUGGGAUCUUGCUUUUGUUCCCUCUGCUCUGCUUCAGUCUGCAAAUGGGGUUUUGAGAUUAAUCGCCAUCGCCGUCUUCUCCACUACAGCUCCUCAUCUUUCAGCCCUGCAAAGCAAUCCGAAGAUUUGCUGCCUGAUUUCGGGGCUUUGUGGUCUCGAUUCCUUUCCUUGGUGCCGGUGGCUUCAUCAAAACACUAGUCCCCAGUUUCACUGCAUCGGAAAAGUCAACCCUUUUCAACUGCUAAAUCUCGUUAAGGCGAAGCAAUCUGCUGUGCCUAUAAUGGCUUCUGCAAAUUCAUUUUUCGAUGACAUGCGGAACAAACCCGAGGUUAUUGAUCCCCCUCAUAAUGAAGAAAUGAUGGACAUUGGUGAAAGUGUGAAUGACCCUGCUCAAAAUGCUCUAAAACCUAAUGUUACUGUCUCAAGCAGUGUACGUGAGCUAUUGGAGUGUCCCGUGUGCUUAAAUGCAAUGUAUCCCCCUAUCCAUCAGUGUUCAAAUGGCCACACAUUGUGCUCGGGUUGCAAGCCUCGGGUGCAUAACAGAUGUCCAACGUGCAGGCAUGAGCUCGGCAACAUAAGAUGCCUUGCAUUAGAGAAGAUAGCAGCUUCUCUCGAACUUCCGUGUAAAUAUCAGAGUUUCGGCUGCAUAGGAAUCUACCCUUAUUACAGCAAGCUAAAGCACGAAGCUCAGUGCUCCUUUAGACCAUAUAACUGCCCCUAUGCGGGCUCAGAGUGCACCGUGAUCGGGGAUAUUCCUUUUCUGGUGGCCCACCUGAAAGAUGAUCACAAGGUGGACAUGCACAAUGGGAGUACGUUUAACCAUCGGUAUGUGAAAUCGAAUCCGCAUGAAGUCGAGAACGCUACCUGGAUGCUAACGGUCUUUAGUUGCUUUGGUCAGUACUUCUGCCUGCACUUCGAGGCGUUCCAGCUUGGGAUGGCGCCGGUAUACAUAGCAUUCCUACGCUUCAUGGGCGACGAUAACGAUGCAAAGAACUACAGCUACAGCCUCGAGGUCGGAGGGAAUGGAAGGAAGAUGAUAUGGCAAGGGGUUCCCCGGAGCAUAAGGGACAGCCACAGGAAGGUUCGAGACAGCUUCGAUGGCCUCAUAAUCCAAAGAAACAUGGCCCUUUUCUUCUCGGGCGGGGACAGGAAAGAACUGAAGCUAAGGGUGACUGGUAGGAUUUGGAAAGAACAGUAAAAUCUCUUGUGCUACUGUCUCUUUCCUUUUCCCCUUAUUUUGUUCCUCCGCCUGAACCUGAAUGGGUUAGGGAUUAGUCGGGUCGCAGAGAUUAGAUUGUUGGGGGGGCGUCUUCUUGGUCAUGUAUUAUUGUUGUUUAGGAAGCAAUGUCUCUUUGCUUUUCCAUGAGAUGAUUAAAUGCAUGAGUGGGAAGACUGCAGUUUAUCUAUAUCUACAUCUAUAUAUAUGUAAUUGCAAGGAUAGGUCCGAUAUGUAGCACAUAGAACGUUUUUAGCUAUUAUUCCCGAUUUAUCAUGGCUACAUUUGUCAUUUGCGGACGUGGAUGGGGGAAAUGUAAUGUAAUUUCACGA